AUGUCUUCCUCAACACCCGAGCUCCCUGCCAACGUGCACGUCUCCCAGCACCCCUGUCUCCGGGCGAAGCUGUCCCAAUUGCGGUCCCAGUCGACGCCGGCGAAAGAGGUGAAGACGCUGGUGCAUGAUAUUGCGUUGAUGGUAGCAUACGAGGCCCUCGGCGCCUCCACAAAAGCGACAGAUGGAUCAAAGGAUUCUACCCCGCUAGGAUUCGACUUCACAUCAACCACAAUCUCCCCCUCCAGCCUCUGCCUCGUCCCCAUUCUGCGAUCAGGCCUCGGCAUGGUAGAAGCCGUCCAAACCAUCCUCCCCACGCCCGUAGCAGUCCAUCACCUAGGCCUCUACCGCGAACCCUCGACCCUCGAGCCCGUAGAAUACUACAACAACCUCCCCAACCACGUUUCCCCCGACGGCUCCAACGCCGGCGCCUCCGAGCUCGCCAUCGUCCUUGACCCCGUUAUCGCCACCGGCGGCACCUGCGCCGCCGCCAUCCAGACCCUCCGUGAGUGGGGCGUCAAGCGCAUCGUCGUCCUCUCCGUCAUUGGCGCCGCCGAGGGCGUCAAGCGCGCCGCGAGCGAGUGGGCCGACGCGACGGACAUUUACAUUGCUGGCGUGGACGCCGAGUUGACGGACAAGGGCAUGCUAAAGCCCGGUGUAGGUGAUGUUGGUGAUCGGCUGUUCCUUACAAUUGGAAAAUAA